GCUGCCAACCGCGCGCUUGGCGCUAGGUACAAAUGGAGGGAUUGGAAGUUCUCGGAAAAGGCGGCUUGCAUUUCGCCGCUGGUGGCCGUGCAUUGUAAAAAAACCACGCCACAGGUGACGCGGCAUCCUGCAGGGGAAACCGGCUGGGACGUUGCUGUUGGAAAGCCCACUUUCGCGCCACUAAGCCGAGGGGUCGCGCAUGUUGUAGAAAGAAGAACAAGGAGAGAAACAGGCCAGCACAGCACUUUCGGUCAUGGAGGCAGUUCAUCUAGAUGAACAACCUCCCUUGAAUGCUGAAAACUCAUUUAAAAAAUAUGAAAGCAACAAGAAAGGAGCAAUUACAGAUAUUGAAAGGCUUUAUCAAGCAGUACCUCAGCUUGCAAAUGUGUUCAAAAUAAAAGGGAAAAUUGGUGAAGGAACGUUUAGUUCUGUUUACUUGGCAAUAGGCCAGCUACGAGGAGGCCAUGAAGAAAAAGUGGCUUUGAAACACUUGAUUCCUACUAGCCAUCCUGUACGAAUUGCUGCUGAACUUCAGUGUCUUAUAAUAGCAGGGGGGCAAGAUAAUGUCAUGGGAGUUAAGUAUUGUUUUAGAAAAAAUGAUCACGUGGUAAUUGUUAUGCCUUAUCUGGAACACGAAUCAUUUUUGGACAUCUUGAAUUCUCUCUCAUUUGAAGAAGUAAGAAAUUACAUGUUUAACCUCUUGAAAGCUUUGAAGCGCAUUCAUCACUUUGGUAUCGUUCAUCGUGAUGUCAAGCCCAGUAAUUUCCUAUACAACAGGCAACUACAACAGUAUGCUCUGGUUGACUUUGGCUUGGCACAAGGAACUCCUGAAACAAAAGUGGAUCUUCUCAAAGUUAUUCAGUCUGAAACUCAGCAAAAAAGUUGUACAUACAAUAAGCCUCUGAUAACUCUGGAAAGCCAGGUUACUUCCCCAACAUCUAGGCAGCCAGUUCAUCACUCAGCAACAAAAACAGCUAAUAAAAGGCUUUGUUCCAUUUCACAAACACAGAUUAAACAAGGACACAAAAGAAAGGAGGAUCCAGAGUGUCGUUCUGUUCAGCGUUCGGUUUUUGGGGAGAGAAAUUUCAAUGUGCGAAGCUCAGCAUUUCAAGCCCGUUCCACAGUUAGACAGCCCAGGAUAAUGGAUAUUCCAGUUAGGAAACUGUCGGUGAAGAAGAAGACAACUUCAGUUGUGAAUAAUGGUUUAGGCAAGAAAACUGCCAGCAGUACUUCAGCUAAAUUGACCUGUGACUGUUAUGCAAAAGAUAGUGUCUGCAGCGUUUGUCUUUCAAGACGUCAGCAGGUUGCCCCAAGGGCUGGAACUCCUGGAUUCAGAGCACCAGAAGUAUUAACUAAGUGCCCUAAUCAAACUACAGCAAUUGACAUGUGGUCUGCAGGAAUUAUAUUUCUUUCUCUGCUGAGUGGCCGGUAUCCAUUUUACAAGGCUAGUGAUGACUUAACAGCUUUGGCCCAGAUCAUGACGAUUCGUGGCUCCAGAGAAACUAUUCAAGCUGCUAAAACAUUUGGUAAAUCAAUACUGUGUAGCAAAGAAAUUCCAGCACAGGAUUUAAGGAAGCUCUGUGAAAGGCUGAGGGGAAAAAACACCAACUUUGACAACUCAGCAGGUGACAUACAGGUCAACCCUUCUCAGGAAUUUGCUUUACCAGCUGGAAUAGGCAACGCUUCAGAUUCUGCCCUUCAAACAUCCAAAAAGCACAUGUAUCAAAAACAAAGUGGUCAUGAAGAUGAUGGUAGGGAAAAGAAAACUACACAAAAGCCAUCUGAUCUCAAAGGAUGGGACAAAAUUCCUAAUAGCGCCUAUGAUCUGCUUGAUAAACUACUGGACUUAAAUCCUGCUACAAGAAUCACUGCAAAGGAUGCUUUGUUGCACCCUUUUUUCAAAACUAUGAAGCAAUAAAAAGGCUUUUGACCCUGUAUAGUGUGUAUGUUAAGUAGUAUUAGAGACAGUGUUGGUCACCCUUUAAAUCAGUGUUGUCCAAAC